CUGUCAUCUGGUGAGGUGGAUUGUGUACGUGGGAUACUGGCUGAGGUUUGAGGCGAGACCGCAGCACCUACCUGGCUCCACCAUGAAGCUGGCCAGAGGCUUCUUGAUCCUGUGGUUCAGCCUGAGGGGUGGCCUGGCUCAGAGUGACACCAGCCCGGACACAGAGGAGUCCUAUUCAAAUUGGGGCCUUCGGCAACUUCGGGGCAGCUUUGAAUCUUUCAACAGUUACUUCGAUUCCUUUAUGGAGCUGCUGGGAGGGAAAAAUGGAGUCUGUCAAUACAGGUGCCGAUAUGGAAAGGCACCAAUGCCCAGACCUGGCUACAAGCCUCAGGAGCCCAAUGGGUGCAGCUCCUACUUCCUGGGUCUCAAGGUACCAGAAAGUAUGGACUUGGGCAUUCCAGCAAUGACCAAGUGCUGCAACCAGCUGGACGUCUGCUAUGACACCUGUGGUGCCAACAAGUAUCGCUGCGAUGCAAAAUUCCGAUGGUGUCUCCACUCCAUCUGCUCUGAUCUAAAGCGGAGCCUGGGCUUUGUCUCCAACGUGGAAACAGCCUGUGAUUCUCUGGCUGACACUGUGUUCAAUACUGUAUGGACUUUGGGGUGCCGGCCAUUUAUGAACAGUCAACGGGCAGCCUGCAUCUGUGCAGAAGAGGAGAAAGAAGAGUUGUGAGAACGAGGUGAUUCCCUCCUGGCUUUCAGUGACAACACAGUUGUC